AUGGCGGCUGUCACCGAUGUGCAGCGGCUGCAGGCCCGCGUAGAGGAGCUGGAGCGCUGGGUGUACGGACCGGGUGGGGCGCGCGGCUCGCGGAAGGUGGCUGAUGGCCUGGUCAAGGUGCAGGUAGCUUUGGGGAACAUUGCCAGUAAGAGAGAGAGAGUGAAGAUUCUGUACAAAAAGAUUGAAGACCUGAUCAAAUACCUGGAUCCUGAGUACAUUGACCGCAUUGCCAUACCUGAUGCCUCUAAGCUGCAGUUCAUCUUAGCAGAGGAGCAGUUUGUCCUCUCCCAGGUUGCACUUCUGGAGCAGGUGGAGGCUUUGGUGCCCAUGCUGGACAGCGCUCAUAUCAAAGCCGUUCCUGAGCACGCCGCCUGCCUGCAGCGCUUGGCCCAGAUCCACAUCCAGCAGCAGUGGGCAGUGAGAGUCAAGGCAACAGCCAGCGGGAUGGAGCACUACCGGAAAGCUGGCUCUGUGGAACUCCCGGCGCCGUCCCCGAUGCCCCAGCUUCCUCCUGAUACCCUGGAGAUGCGGGUCCGAGAUGGCAGCAAAAUCCGCAACCUGCUGGGGCUGGUGCUGGGUCGCUUGGAGGGCGGUGGCACGAGACACGUGGUGUUCUCAGGUUCCGGCCGGGCUGCGGGGAAGGCUGUCAGCUGUGCUGAGAUCGUCAAGCGGCGGGUCCCAGGCCUGCACCAACUUACCAAGCUGCGCUUCCUGCAGACUGAGGACAGCUGGGUACCAACCUCCCCGGACACAGGCCUAGAUCCCCUCACAGUGCGCCGACAUGUGCCUGCGGUGUGGGUACUGCUGAGCCGGGACCCCCUGGACCCUAAUGAAUGUGGCUACCAGCCCCCAGGGGCGCCCCCUGGCCUGGGCCCCACACCUAGCUCCAGCUGUGGCCCCCGGCCCCGAAGAAGGGCUCGGGACACGCGGUCCUGA